AUGCACCUACUCCUGCUCCUUCCCCUGCUCUUUCUCCUAUCAGCCUGCUUCCUGCCCCCCAGGACACAAGCAGGAGAGAUCAUCGGGGGACAUAAUGCCAGACCCCACUCCCGCCCCUACAUGGCAUGUCUCAAGAAGUCAAAGCUGGACCCUGACUGCUUCUGUGGGGGUUUCCUAAUCAAAAAGGAUUUUCUGCUGACCGCUGCUCACUGCAAUGACAGCAUGUACACUGUCAUCCUGGGGGCCCAUGACAUCAGCAAGAAAGAGAGGACCCAGCAGGUCAUCACUGUGAGCAGAGCCAUCCCCCACCCAAACUAUAAUUCUGAGAACCUCUCCAACGACAUCAUGUUGCUGAAGCUGAAAAAAAAGGUCAAACUCACUAAUGAGGUGAAACCCAUCAGCCUACCGACCCCUGAGGCCUGCCUGUGUGCAGGGCAGGUGUGCAGUGUGGCCGGCUGGGGGCAGACUGAAAAUGAAGAUUCAUCAAGCACUCUGCAAGAGGUAGAGCUUACCCUACAGGAGGAAACACGAUGUAAAUACCAGUUUAAAAGUGGUUACAACAAGGCCACUCAACUCUGUGUAGGGGAUCCAGCAAAUAUAUAUACUACCUUUUGGGGGGACUCUGGGGGGCCUCUCGUGUGCAACAAUGUGGCCCAGGGCAUAGUCUCUCAUGGACCAAAGGAACCAAAACCCCCAGUGGUUUACACCAAAAUCUCCAGUUUCCUGCCCUGGAUACAUGAAGUAAUCAAAGCCUCUAGCUGAAGAACUAGACUGUUUACUCCAAACUGAUGCUUAAAAAAUAACUGGUUGAGGGUGUGUGAGUGACUGCAGCUGAAUAAAUGUCUG